AUGGCCAGCAACACAGAAAACCGCGGCAUCGUCGUCCUAUCCGGCGGAAGCGCAGCCAACAGCCUGGUAGACGUGUUUAAUGCUGUGCGGGCGAGCAAACACUGUCUGUUGAGUUACAUCAUCCCUAUAUCCGACAACGGCGGCUCGUCGUCGGAGCUGAUUCGCAUUUUUGGCGGGCCUGGCAUUGGCGAUGUUCGAAGCAGACUGGUCCGCCUAAUCCCAGAAUCCGCACCAAACUCGGAACGAGCAGCGCUCAAACUCCUGUUCAACCACCGCCUCGACAGCGACGAAGCCAGCGCGAAACACAGCUGGCAGUCUAUCGUCGACGGCACAUCUGCGCUAUGGACAUGCAUCUCGCCCGCGAAAAAGGAACUCAUACGUUCGUUUUUCAAUCAUUUAAAUCUCGAAAUGCUCAAGCGCGCGCGUGUCCCCUCGACUACUUUUGAUUUCACAUCGGCCAGUGUCGGAAACCUGUUCCUCACAGGUGCGCGUCUGUUUACGGGAAGUUUUGAGAGUGCGAUUUACUUGUUGGGCAGUAUCUGUGGCGUGCCGUUUGACCUGGUGCGAGUGAUUCCGGCCAUCAACUCGAAUUUUUCGCAUCAUAUUUCGGCGUCAUUGGAAGAUGGCUCGGUUAUUGUUGGGCAGAAUAGUAUUUCGCACCCGAGCAGUGAGACGCCAAAGUCGCCGCAGGCACCGCCUAAUAUGAUGCUGCUCGGAGAUGAGGAAGAUGAUGAGGAGGAAGAUUUGUCUGCUUAUCAUGCUGUCUCGCACGAUGAAGACCAUCUCCCAGGGUCAUUGCCCAGCCUGCGACACAAAAACAUCUCCUUUAGCAAAACGCACAACGAAGAACUGCCCUGCCGCAUCUCGCGCAUCUGGUACAUCAACCCAUACGGCCAAGGGGUCCGGCCACCUGCAAACCCACGCGCCAUAGAGGCUAUCAACGAUAGUCAGGCGAUUAUAUAUAGUAUCGGCUCACUGUAUACAUCUAUCAUUCCGUCCCUGAUCCUGCGCGGUGUCGGCAAAGCGAUUGCCCUGAGUCCCGCGCGCCACAAGAUUUUGAUUUUGAAUGGUUCGCUGGAUAGGGAAACAGGCCCUUCGACGCGUCCAUUUACCGCCGUGGAUUUCGUCGAAGCUAUUGUGCAGGCGGGCGAAGAGAGUCGGGGGAGGGUUUAUAUAAACAGUGGACAGCGCCCAGAAGCAAUAACACCAACGUUGUCCUCGGUCGCUUCAUCGCCCUCGAUACCAACUAUAGUCGAACCAACAACAGCGUCGCAAAAAUCCUCGAGACCGCCCUAUACUUCAUACGUCACGCAUAUUCUCCACCUCGAGGGCCCUGAAACACCAGCCGUGGACCGCGAACGGUUAGCUGCCAUGGGUAUCGAGACACUGCGUCUGUAUGGCCGCAAGAUCAUGUCUGACGACGAUGGGCAGACCGUGAUCGGAAACCGGUAUGAUCCGACAGCGCUCGUGCAGGCGUUGGAAGUGGUGUUGGGAAAAAAGGGGGAUGCAAUGGUGCGAGGCGGGUUGGGUGGUGGUGUGAGUAGACGGAAUACGCUGGAGGGAGGAGGGUGGAAGGAGAGGUAG